UGACCCAGGGUCGGGUUCGCAUUUAUUAAAAAGCAAUCCAUAUCGUUCAUGCGGCUCACUCUGUUUUCUGCCUUGCUGAAGCUCCCACAGAAUCCAGUUGCGAUACUGAAAAGAAAGACGCCCCUGACCCGUCCUUUCAUUUUCUGAGGCUGUCACAGCAUUGCAGAGACACACCAGCUGCAGAUGCCUUCAGUGAACUGAUUACAUUUUAGAUUUCUAAGUUUUGAUAAGUCAGUUGUUUUGAACAAAGAAAUGUUGUGAUGACAGUUAAACCUGAUAUUCCUCUUCUUCCUGCUCUGAAACACGCCUUCUGUCUGCUGAAGGUGAAAGCUGGUCGAAUCACACAGUCACUGUGACUGAGAGCAGGAAUGGAGCAGAAUCAGCUGGACCAAGAAACUUUCUCCUGUCCGAUCUGUCUGGAUCUACUGAAGGAUCCGGUGACCAUUCCCUGUGGACACAGCUACUGCAUGAGCUGUAUCGAAACCCACUGGGAUGAAGAGGAUCAGAGGAGGAUCCACAGCUGCCCUCAGUGCAGGGAGACGUUCAUACCGAGGCCUGCUGUGAAGAAAAACACCAUGUUUGCAGCUUUAGUGGAGCAAAUGAGGAAGACUGGACUCCAAGCUGCUCCUGCUGACCACUGCUAUGCUGGACCUGAAGAUGUGGCCUGUGAUUCCUGUACUGGAAGAAAACUGAAAGCCAGGAAGUCCUGUUUAAUCUGUUUGGCCUCUUUCUGUGAGAAACACCUUCAGCCUCAUUAUGAUUCAGCUGCAUUUCAGAAACACAAGCUGGUGGAGCCGUCCAACAACCUCCAGGAAAACUUCUGCUCUAAGCAUGAUAAGUUGCUGGAGAUCUUCUGCCGCACUGAUCAGAAGUGUAUCUGUUAUCUCUGCACCAUGGAUGAACAUAGAGGCCAUGAGACAGUCUCAGCUGCAGCAGAAAGGACUGAGAGGCAGAGAGAGCUGGAGGAGAGACGAGGAAACAUCCAGCAGAGAAUCCAGGACAGAGAGAAAGAUGUGAAGCUGCUUCAGCAGGAGGUGGAGGCCAUCAAUCACUCUGCUGAUAAAACAGUGGAGGACAGUGAGAAGAUCUUCACUGACAUGAUCCGUCUCCUCCAGAAAAGAAGCUCUGAUGUGAAGCAGCAGAUCAGAUCCCAGCAGGAAACUGAAGUGAGUCGAGUCAAAGAUGUUCAGGAGAAGCUGGAGCAGGAGAUCACUGAGCUGAAGAGGAAAGACGCUGAGCUGGAGCAGCUCUCACACACAGAGGAUCACAACCAGUUUCUCCUCAACUACCCCUCACUGCCAGCACUCAGUGAGUCGACACACUCAUCCAGCAUCAACAUCCGUCCUCUGAGACACUUUGAGGACGUGACAGCAGCUGUGUCAGAGCUCAGAGAGAAACUACAGGACGUCCUGAGAGACUCAUGGACAAACAUCUCACUGAUGGUCGGUGAGGUGGAUGUUCUACUGUCAGAACCAGAACCAAAGAGCAGAGCUGGGUUCUUAAAGUAUUCAUGUGAAAUCACUCUGGAUCCAAACUCAACACACACACAGCUGGGCCUGUCAGAGGGGAACAGGAAGGUGACGAGGAUGAAUCAACAUCAGCUUUAUUCUAGUCACCCAGACAGAUUCACUAAUUAUUCUCAGGUUCUGAGCAGAGAGAGUCUGACUGGACGUUGUUACUGGGAGGUGAAGUGGACCGGGUCGGUUUGUGUUGCUGUCGCCUACAAGAACAUCAGCAGAGCAGGAGGUGAGCUUGAAUGUAGAUUUGGACGCAAUGACAAAUCUUGGGCUUUAGAUUGUCAACAAAAAGGUUUUAAAUUUGUUCACAAAAGCAUCUGGACCUCCAUCUCAGGUCCAGUUUCCUCCAGACUGGGGGUGUAUCUGGACCUCAGAGCAGGUCUUCUGUCCUUCUACUGCGUCUCAGAAACCAUGACGCUGAUCCACAGAGUCCAGACCACAUUCAGUCAGCCGCUUCACGCUGGGGUUGGGGUUGGUUUAGGAAGCUCUGCAGAGUUCAGUAAACCCAACUAGAGUCCCUCUCCUCUCUCUGGUGGAUCCGGGUUCAUGGUUCUGAUGUCUCUGCUGUUCGGUUCUUCUCUGGUUUAAAUGAAGUUCUCUGUGUUCCAGGAUAUCACUGCUGAUGUUUUCUUUCAUUAUUAUAUGAUACAGAAAUAUUUCUCCACAUGAACGUCUAACUUGUCUGGGCUCUGAUAGCUUUAAUAUUUGUACAGAUUUUUUUAAUAUUCUGGUUUAUUUUCAGUUGUUCUACAAAACAAAUGUUGUUUAAAUCAUUUGGAAUUGAAGUGAACUGGACUUGCUUCUGUUUUCCUUAUUGUGAUCCAAAGAAAACACAGAAAAUCAACUUAGAAAUUAUGCUGUUUUAUUCUAAAUUCCUUAGAUUUAAAUGAGAAAAAUUCAUGUCUGCAUCUCUCUUUGGUUUUCUUCAAUAAAACAACUUGAUUACAGAGAAAUGUGGAACUUUUUCUCUUCAUUAUGACAAUAAAUUGUGAGUUUUGUCAUUUU